CCUUGGAUAGCCUUUUUAUUUCUCUAUUUGGUUAGACCAGGGUGUGAUUUGGGUGGGCAUUCUAGUUUUCUAUUUCUUUGUUGGCCGGAUCUCUGAUUGGGAAUCGUACUUAGGCAGCCUGUUUUGCACCCUAGUUUGUGGGAUCUUGUUUUUGUGUAGUUGCUGUGGAGCCUGCAGAACUUUAUGUUCAUUUGUAUUUUGUUGUUUUUUGGUGUCAUUUGAAAAUUAAGUAAAAUGUACGUCUACCACGCUGCACCUUUGGGCUCCUUCUAACAACAGACGUAACAAUAACUCAGAAAUCCUUACUAAAAGAAUCGAAAUAGCUAGUGAGUUGGCCAAAUAUUACCAAAACCUCUAUAUUCCAGAGUUACAGGAAUCUAAUAUAGAGUAAAUAAAAAAUACAUAGAACAUGUUUUAUACCUGAAGUGACAGAUGAACAAAAUGCAAAGUUAAUUAAACCAAUAACUGAAUAAAAACUGAUGGUUACCAUUCAGAAAAUGACAAAUGUUCAGUAGCGAGAGAUACACUAAUGAAUUCUAUAAGGAAUUCAAACAAGACAUAGUACCUUUCUUCUGUAAAGCCCUCAACUGGGCUCUCAACAACAAAGAUCACACACCAACCUAGAGCUCCUCUAUUGUUAAUUUUAUUCAUAAAAAAGUUAAAGAAAUAGCUUACAUCAAUUAUUGGAAAUAGACUAAGUAACAUAUUCCCUGAUAUCAUAAACUCUGACCAAACAGACUCUUGAGCGAUAAUGUCAGGCAAACGUUUAAUGUAAUGGAACACGCUCUCAAUAAAAAACAUAAACUGCCGAUGCUAACCUUAGAUGCAGAGAAAGCCUUUGAAAGGAUUUUAUGGCCUUUCAUCUUCGAAAUGUAACAAUUUUUACUUUUGUAAAACUAUCUUGAACUGGCUGUAAAUGAUGUAUAAAACACCAAAUGUCAGAGUAAGGGGAAAUGGAACACUAUCACGCUCGUUUGACCUCUGAAGGGGGACAAGACAGGGGGAUCUUAUGUCACCUUCAAUCUCAAUUUUACAUAUGGAACCGUUAGCUGAAAAUAUAAGAAAUAAUCAGAAAAUUCACGGUCUACAGAUCAAUCAGGAAGAACACAAAUUAGCAAUGUACGCAGACGAUGUGAUUCUCUACUUAACAAACAUACCUCAGUUAGUUCCCACUAUUAUGGAUGAAGUAAAACAAUCCAGGAUCAUGUCUGGGUACAGACUAAAUACAGGGAAAUCAGAAGCUAUGACAGUAGGUCAACCAAUACCCCAAGACAUCAAAACUAAGUUUGAAUUUAAACGGGAUCAAUCCAGGGUCAUGUCUGGGUACAGACUAAAUACAGGGAAAUCAGAAGCUAUGACAGUAGGUCAACCAAUACCCCAAGACAUCAAAACUAAGUUUGAAUUUAAACGGGAUCAAUCCAGGAUCAUGUCUGGGUACAGACUAAAUACAGGGAAAUCAGAAGCUAUGACAGUAGGUCAACCAAUACCCCAAGACAUCAAAACUAAGUUUGAAUUUAAACGGGAUCAAUCCAGGGUCAUGUCUGGGUACAGACUAAAUACAGGGAAAUCAGAAGCUAUGACAGUAGGUCAACCAAUACCCCAAGACAUCAAAACUAAGUUUGAAUUUAAACGGGAUCAAUCCAGGGUCAUGUCUGGGUACAGACUAAAUACAGGGAAAUCAGAAGCUAUGACAGUAGGUCAACCAAUACCCCAAGACAUCAAAACUAAGUUUGAAUUUAAACGGGAUCAAUCCAGGGUCAUGUCUGGGUACAGACUAAAUACAGGGAAAUCAGAAGCUAUGACAGUAGGUCAACCAAUACCCCAAGACAUCAAAACUAAGUUUGAAUUUAAACGGGAUCAAUCCAGGAUCAUGUCUGGGUACAGACUAAAUACAGGGAAAUCAGAAGCUAUGACAGUAGGUCAACCAAUACCCCAAGACAUCAAAACGAAGUUUGAAUUUAAACGGGAUCAAUCCAGGGUCAUGUCUGGGUACAGACUAAAUACAGGGAAAUCAGAAGCUAUGACAGUAGGUCAACCAAUACCCCAAGACAUCAAAACUAAGUUUGAAUUUAAACGGGAUCAAUCCAGGGUCAUGUCUGGGUACAGACUAAAUACAGGGAAAUCAGAAGCUAUGACAGUAGGUCAACCAAUACCCCAAGACAUCAAAACUAAGUUUGAAUUUAAACGGGAUCAAUCCAGGGUCAUGUCUGGGUACAGACUAAAUACAGGGAAAUCAGAAGCUAUGACAGUAGGUCAACCAAUACCCCAAGACAUCAAAACUAAGUUUGAAUUUAAACGGGAUCAAAAUAAUCCCCCAAGAUCGAACAAGACUACAUCUCUGUAACGAUCGUCGUAGGUGGAAGAAGGAGAGGACCAAGGUGUGGUGUGGUAAGUGUUCAUGUUGUAAAUUUAAUCAAAACUGAACACUAAAGAAAAUAACAACGAGGAAUUAACGAGAACGAAACAGUUCUGUCAGGUGAUACACACAAAACAGAAAACAACUACACACAACUCAAGGGGCGAAACCAGGCUGCCCAAGUAUGGUUCUCAAUCAGAGACAACGAUUGACAGCUGCCUCUGAUUGGGAAACAUACCAGGCCAAACACAUAGAAAUACAAAACCUAGACUACAAAACACAGAAUGCCCACCCCAACUCACGCCCUGACCAAACUAAAACAAAGACAUAAAAAAGGUACUACGGUCAGGACGUGACAGUCAGUAUAACUUUGGAACAAAAAAAAACUGCUUUUACUGGACCCACAAAGAUGGAAAUUAAAUAAUAAAUAAAAUUAGUACCUUUAACAAUAACAGGAAUAAUUAAAACUAUUCAAAUGAUUGUCCUCCCAAGAUUUGUAUUCCUUUUCCGGAAUCUACCAAUAACUUCUUCCUCCCCAAAUAAAGCCAGUGUCAAAUUUGACAACAAUCAACAACAUAAACAAGCAGGGGGACUAGCAUUACCAAACCUUAUUGAUUAUUACAUAGCCGCCCAAUUAAAAUAAUUUACUGUAAGGAUGAAUCCAGAAUUAACAGCUAAAUGACAGAUGGAAAUCUGGAAAAAACAAAAAGUAAAACCAUUUUCAUGAAGACAAUCAAAACACACAUUAGGAAAAUAGAUUAAUUACACCAACGGUCUGGACAAAGAUCACAAAAACACAACGUAUACUAACAAACCUGAUCUAAUUGUAAUGAACGGCGACUUUAAGCCAACUAUGAUUGGUGAUGAUGGUCUGAAAAAGGACUGAGCAGGUAUCAUCAGAGAUUCACAGACAAGGGGAUAGAUACAUCUGAGAAUCUAUCAAAAAAGUACAACCUCCAAAACUCUCAGUUUUACAAUUAUUUACAAGUAAGAGGUAUAUUACUAAAGCAGAGGGACCUAGGAAAACACUUAGUGAGAUACAUCACUCUGAUAGAGCUCUAGAGUUCCUCUGUGGAGAUGGGAGAAACUUCCAGAAGGACAACCAUCUCUGCAGCACUCCACCAAUCAGGCCUUUAUGUUAGAGUGGCCAGACGGAAGCCAUUCCUCAGUAAAAGGCACAUUACAGCCUGCUUGGUGUUUGCCAAAAAGCACCUAAAGACUCAGACCAUGAGAAACAAGAUUCUCUGGUCUGAUAAAACCAAGAUUGAACUCUUUGGUCUGAAUGCCAAGUGUCACAUCUGGAGGAAACCUGGCACCACCCCUACGGGGAAGCAUAGGGGUCGCAGCAUCAUGCUGUGUGGAUGUUUUUCAAGCGGCAGGGACUAGGAGAAUAGUCAGGAUCGAGGCAAAGAUGAACAGAGCAAAUGUCCUUGAGUGGCCCAGCCAGAGCCCAGACUUGAACCCAAUUUAACAUCUCUGUAGAGACCUGAAAAUAGCUGUGCAGAAACUCUCCCCAUCCAACCUGACAGAGCUUGAGAGGAUCUGCAGAGAAGAAUGGAAGAAACUCUCUAAAUACAGAUGUGCCAAGCUUGUAGAGUCAUACCCAAAAAUACUCGAUGCUGUAAUCUCCGCCAAAGGUUCUUCAACAAAGUACUGAGUAAAGGGUCUUAUUUGUAAAUUAUUUUGUACAUAAUGUUUCUGCAACUGUAUCUUAUGUCAAAAAAAGAGCUUCUGGAUAUCAGGACAGUGUAACGAUCCUCUUCCUGUGAAUGACUGGACCAAGGCGCAGCGUGAGACGUGUUCAUGAUAUUUUAUUAAAAAUCAGAACACUAAAACAAAAAACAACAAAGAGGAAAACUAACAGUUAUGUAAGGAAACUAAUAAUACAGAAAUGACCUACCCACAAACCCAUGUGGGCAAGAGCUACCUAAGUAAAGGAGCCUCUGGAUAUCAGGACAGCGAUCACUCACCUCGGAUUAGACAAAGAUUUUUUGAUUUUCUUCAACAAGCAAGACGCACAAGACAUUCUCCAAAUACCCAGCAGGGCCGACAUCCCCGUUAUUUGCAAGAGGAAGCAACGCAGGUACAGAGGACAAAGAGCUGGAUGCCUGGUCAGGACCCGGAGAAGGCGACUGGGAAAGCUGCCGU